AUGCGCAUGUCCUCUCAAACGGGCGCGUCUGCCACCGCCGCACAGACAACGAAUGCCACGCUGGUGGCAACCGUCUUCCAGCACAGCCUAGACGACCUGCUCCUCACGGCAACGCGGCAACGCACAAUGAGCCCGCUGCGUGACGCGGUGCAGUCUGCACGCAUUAAGGGCUUCACUGCGGAGGACAUCUUUCACACAUUUGUCCUUGCUUGUGACAUGCUGCAUGGUAGACGGCAGUAUCGCGCGCUUCUCAUGCAGAGUCUCAGUGACUUGGGUAAAAUAGCCUCGCUGCGAAUGUUACCCACGUCAUGCAGCGUUGUUCAUAUUGUCUGUCACCUUGUACAGAAGCUGCUUGGGCGUGCGUUGAGCGGUAAUGUCAACCUGUUGCAGGGUGGUCUUCGCAGCACAACGGUGUGGGAACGGACUGGCAUGGAUAGUCUUUCCAAUACCUUGAUAUUGGAAAGAAUGGCUCCGCCGGAUGCGGAGUUGCGUGAGGGGUCUUUUUCUGCGACUCUUGGUAGUAGCGAGGCCGCGAUGGAUGCGCAGCCACCAGACGAAGAGCUGCAGAUGCGCAUCUUGCAGACACUCAUGGCAUACCUGUCGGCCUGUGAACUCGGGAAUGCCGCGCUGUCGGAUAUUAUUAGUAUUAUCUUCAUUAUGUACAUGCAGGCAGCACCUGAGUCCCUAGUGGAGGCGACGUGUGCGGCCACCAUUGAGGAACGCACGCAGGCGUUGCUUCGUUGCCUGCGUAGUGGUGGAGAUGCCAAGCAGGUGGAGGACGACAAUGCUGCCUUCACGGCGCAGAUUCAGGCUGUGGCUUACGCUAAGGAUGUGUGUGCGCUCUGCUCUGGUGCCGCGCCCAAGUGGCUGAAGCUAGACCUGCAGCGUAACAGCUUCACGGGGCCACCGGAUGUUAGCGCUGUGGCCGCGGUGACACCACCACGUCGACUACGUCUCCUGCUUUUGCGAACGCUGAUUACCCACUUUGCGGAGGGUGAACGGAUUACUUCAUUGCAUGAGACCAGCGUCUUUCUCACGCAGCUGCUUAACGAGGACGUGGUGUCUGUGGUGCUAGGUCGUGGAAUGCGAUUGGCUCCGAACGCGCAGCGACCGCUCGGUGAGACGAAUUUAGAGCAUCUGGAGGAAAUGAGCCUGGUGGACCUUGUUUCCUUCACAGAUGAACGCCCAGACGCUGAGGAGUUUUCUCUAAUGCAGCAGCUUGGGGUCGUGGUGCUAUCCAAGGCGCUACCGGUGAUGCGGCACGCCAUGCCGAUACUCCUGCGCCACCACGUGGUGCUUGUGAAACUCUGCACUGAGGAGGACACCGGGGAGGUUGGGGAGAACGCUCAGCACAUGGCGGUGGUGCUGACGUUGUGGCGAAAGGCCAUUGCGGACCAUGAGCUCCUGCAGCAGCUGCUUCUGCUUACCGUUUCCAGUAGUGUCUUGCUUCCAACUAGGCUUUCAACCGCCUCACUACCGGGGCCAACAUCAUCACAGCGGCCAAACAACAAUCAACAACGAGCGCCGCUUACACGGCGACAAACACGCGCGUCUGAAGAUGACGCUGCACCCAUGUUACUGGAACCCUUUCCCGACCGUGAUGAUGUGACGGCGGAAAGCGCCAACGGCAUGUACCCCUUUGCAGACCUGGUCACUCUCACUGCAGAACUUCUCUCUGACAUCAUUAUUGCCUCGGAGGGGAUGCUGAAUCUGGAUCAUCUCAAGGCGACCAAGGAUAGGGGUUGUCCCGCUGCCGCUGCUGCGAGUGUUGUGGAAGGUGAGAACCUCCGUGGGGCCCUCUCCAUCGCUUUUUCUCGCCCCUUGCAGCUUUCGAGUACAGUCAAGAUGGCGAAGGAUCGGGAAAACGGUGAAGGCUCCUCACAGUUGCGUGUGCUGGCAAACGGUACGGAGGAGCGGCAUCCGGCGACGGGGCAGGCGGCUGACGUGCUUAGCUUCCUUACAAUGUUCACGCAGAGCUUUGCCCGGGUGGUGGAGGCGUCACGGCUUGGGGAUGCCAUGAGUGCGGUGCAUAGUCGUGCCGCCUACGCCGACGCGCAGGCGGCGGUGACGGCCCUUUUCAUCUCGCUGCACUCUUCGCUCCUGCGCUGCUUUGGCCUUGCAGCCCAGCACCUUCAGGGGGAUGACGUGAUUCACAUGAUCCUCAAGGGCAUCACGCACCUCGUGCAGACCUCCUGCAACCUUGACUUACCUGCCCAGCGUGACAGUUAUCUGCAGAUUUUUGUGACCCGACUCUGCAUGCCGACCUCGCGGCCUCUCUUGGAAGGCGAGGCGAUGAGGACGCAUCAGAGGAAGCACGUUGCAGAGGAGUCCACGUCACCCGCACAACCAACCGGAUCUCCGUCGCUUGCAGGACGUGGUAGAAAGUCGCCAGGUAAGAUGACACCGAAAAAGCAUCCUUCCACUGCCGCCGCCGCUGCCGCCCUGCAUCGGUCGCUAGAGGGACUGCAGGAUAAGUUUUACGUUCUAAACUGUGUGAUCUCCGUUGCAAACUCCAUGGGUGCCUCCCUUGGCGAGGGGUGGCGGCCUGUGGCCUCCUGCCUACUGUUGACAGAACCCCUCCUAAAGGAAGUUCAUCGCCUGCUGGAGCAGCAACAGCGGCAGUCACAGUAUGACGCUGUGGACGACAUUGCGCUUCAGGAUAUCUCGCGAAAUGCAGAUCGCGUCCGCGAUGCGUUGCAUCUUCUCUUUAUUCACACCGCGUUGCUGCCAGACGGGGUGGCGUUGGAUGGCCUUUUGAAGAGCUUUGUCACGGAGACCUGCCGCCGGCCCGCGUCCAGAUACAUGCUCUCACUACGCAUGAGCAGUGAAUGUUGCGCGCUGGCACUCCUGACGGUUGCAGCCUGUCGUCCAGAUGUCUCGCUUGCACUGCUGCGGCGGCUGUGGAGUACGGUGAAGGAGCUUUAUAUGCACGUAUUUGACCCUGUAAAUCUUGUGGAGUUUGUCGACGCCUGUCGUCAUUCCGACGGUGCGAUGGAGACGGCAGCAGGAGUGCUAGAAAGACUUGUGGAGGAUGUGGCGGUUAUGACAGCGCAGCUCUGCCUGCGCGUCAGCAGCAGCGUUGAUGAAAUGAAGGUGGAAAAACGUGAAGGUCAGCUACAGCAGCGGCUGCGGCUAGGAGGGGAAAAGGGGGGGGUGCUGGGGUUGCGGUUUGCGGCGGGGCCGUAUGCCACGGCAGCUCUAGUGGUGCGGCUGACGUCCUUAUUUCCGUCACCCGCGCAAAUUCAGCAGAACCUGUCUCUCACAGGUUUUCUUACAUGCCACACGAGCAAGGCGGCGGAGGCGGAUACCCAGACAGAGCGAAGGGAACUUCUUGCCGCGCCAACAGAACUCCUCGCCACGAUUUACGGAAACCUGCAGCAAUCUCAGCAACGGCGGGAAGAACCGCAGGGAAAUGCAGCAGAGUUGGCCACACACGUUGGUGAGGCUGUCGAGCCCGUGACACGUGGGGCCGCCCUGGUGGUCUUGAAGGAGGUGUUGAAGCUUGUCCAGGGCUUUGGCGAGGAGCUGCGCGGGGCGGCGUGGGAGCAUCUGCUGCGUCUUAUUCGACACACCGCCGCGCCAUCCGGGACGAGGUGGAACCCCGCCCCCACCACCGCCCCUCUGGCGAGUGUAAAGCAGAGCAUCGGCAUCGCCUUCCGCGCGCUGGAGACGAUCCAGCACUCAUGCAUCACGAGCCUGGACGACGAGGGACUGCGGCAGCUCAUCCGCUGCGGUGGGGCCUUUAUGACGCAUCAUUUUCCUGGCUUUGAGCAUCGCCUCAACAUCAACCUUAGUGCUGUCCAGCUGUUGUGGUCCAUCGCCGACUAUGUCGUCUCCAGAACGAUGGGGGAUGGCAGGAAUGACGAUCUUCUUUGGUGUACGUUGUUGAUGCAGCUCUACGACGGCUGCCUUGACGUGCGCCCCGAGGUGCGGCAGAGUGCCCUCAAGACCCUCUUUUCACUUCUGCAGACGUACGGUGGACGCCUCUCUGCGGAGUGCUGGCGAUGUGUGUUGAUCGCCGUCUUGACACCGCUGAUGGGCAUCGCUGUGCAGGCUGCCGCCACCUGUGCAACUAAUGCAGAUAUCUCAACUGCACCAGGUGUAUCGUGCUCCCGUCACAGCUCUGCUAUCUCACAGCAGGCACGACGCAGGUCGUCUGAGACGGACUUGACAUCGCUCAGUGAACCUGCAUACGUUCGGUACGGUGGAUACACCAGUGAAGAGGACUUCUGUAUUUCUAGGCUUUUGGCGCACCUCGAGGAGCAGCCCGCUCGGUUUGAGGACAUGCGUGUAACGAUCAUGGAUGCGGUGUGUCGUGUGUUUGCUUCCCACUAUCAGGAGAUGCAUGUCGUCCUCGUUUUGAACUGCAGUGAAACGCAGCGGCGCACGGACGGGGAGAUGCUGCUGCGGGAGACACUCUCGCUCUUUAUUGAGCUCUGCAGGGCGUCUCGGUUUGUGGCACAGACCACAAGUGGGGAGAACGCCGCACUCUCCGCUGUACGUGCGUUGCAUGUCUUGAUGACGGCAUCCAGCAACGCGCUCUUGACUGAGAACGAGUUGGAGGCUGCGUGGAUUGCGACAGAACAACUUCUGCACGGCGGCAGCGACACUGCAGGCACGUGGCCUAAGCAGUGCACUGCAGCUGUGGUGGCCACCAUUGUGGCCUCACUGGGCGACGUAGUAGCGAUGCGGAUGACGGGAAGGACACAACGCCUGCAGCAGCAGCAGCAACAACAACAACAACAACACGGCCCAACAACUGCGGUAGGUCCGACAGCAACUGUAACCAUGUCUCCAACAUUUUUUGAGCAGCUGCGUCACGUUUUUUCUUCCAACUCACUCGACGUGAGUGGUGGCAGCAGGGGGCAGCAUGACUACUUUCCUCAUUACCUGCGCAUCGUGCAGGAGUGUCUGACCUCUCCCGCUGUCACGGAGUCGUACUUCUUCCCUGGCAAGGUGCAGACGGCAGUCAUUGGGGCCUGGAAGAUGCUUUGGCCAGCGCUCAAUGCGCACGAGCGGGACGCCGUCAUAAACGUUGCGCUGCAGCAGUUUCCCACACGUGCCGCGGUAAUGGCGUUUGUUACGCAACGUGUAAACUCGAAAGGUAAAAAGGGAGGAUCGACGACGGAAACCCGAGCUGUGGGGGUAAGACCAACAGAAUCAGCAUCUCUUCAAGAGGAGAAACCAUGCCCGCGCCAACUCUCCUUGUCUGAGUCACUGCCGCCUGGAUCUCAUCCCAGUUUUCUCUUGGCUCUCAUGGACUUCUUCUGCACCGUUGCCGAUGAGGUGGCGAGGGAAGCGGUGCAGCAACAAGACACCCACUUCAAUGCAGCACCCGCCGUGGUGCGAGCGGCUGGUGUAUUGCUGCUGCUCGAGUAUGCCUCGCCCGCGCUGCUCGCAGCGCCCGGUCCAGGCGUGCUGUUUCACGCCCCACCCCACUUCUUUGAUAGGGCAGAGCGAUGCCUCACGUCUUUUCUUGGGGAUAUUCUCUGUGGUGGGGCCUCAGCCCCCGCGCCCACACCGCCACCACCACCACCACCAGAAGCAGCGAUGCGACCAACGAUGAUGCACGCCCUUUCUGCCUCUUUGUCAGCGCACCGUCGUGAGGGCCUGUUGGCGUUCGCUUCCGUGUUUUCUUCGCUGGUUUCUCUUGCCGACACGCAGCUCGGUGCCACCGGGGAGAGGGAGCCACAGGGGGUUUCCACCUACAACGAGGCCCCCGAACACCUGCGGGGGGCGUUGCAGCGCCUUGAAAGGUUUGUGUUGCUGCUAAGCGAGUUUCUCUCAACCGUUGUUCGCCAGUCAGGGGACAUGACCUCUGCAACAGAGUUGCUUGCGGUGCUUGUGCCCGCCUCGUCACUGGAGCCCCCGCCUUUAGCUACCAUCGCGAAGCGCAGUCUGGACGUGCUACGCCGCUGGUCGUUGUCAUCAUCGUCGUCGUCGUCGUUGUCACGCGAGGUGAGUUUCGUGAAGGAUCAGAAACAAGACUGCAUGCCUGCGGCUGCGCCGCCGUCCUCGCGGCAGGAGGAGGAGGGUGAUGCCGACAAAGAUGCCAUACGGUGGCCAAUGCCAAACGCAUCAACGGCCUCGGCAGCUGCCGUGGCGGCAUCUGGUGCCGCCUUUUUGGAAGGAGAGGAGUUGAGUGGUCAGCUGAAGAGCCUGGCACGGGCGUCGAUGGGGGCCCGCAACCGGGCAGUGCUUCGAAGGUUUCGUGCCCACCCCACCAAUGAGGAGCUGCGGCAGAUGAUGAAGACAGCCCUGCGGACCAUUAUACUUCUGUACCCAUCCGGUCUCGCGACCCAGCAGCCACAACCAAAGCGUCACCUGCCUGGGAUGCUGCCAGCAAGUAGGGACCACCACUCUGUGUCUGCCGAUGACACGGAGGAGGGAAGGGAGUUGCUGCAGGGUGACCUGGUGGAACUGGCCCACCUUGUCGAGCUCACCGGUGAGGAUGAGGAGUUCCGCUGUUUGCUGUCAAGAGCAAUGUUGGGUAUUUGUGCCUCUCUCGGCUUUUCCUCUUCGACGUGA